CAAAAUGGCGGCCACGGCGGCCAUUUUGUUUUUAGUGUAUUUGUUUAAUUUAUCAUCUGGAUACGUGUUGAUAGACGACAAUGAGAACCUGGACGAGAUACUGACGCUGCCCUCCGAGUAUAGCAUCAAGGCUGAACGGAUUGAUCUCAUCGCUGACUUGAAGCUGCCCAUGGAAUUAUGGUACAGCACGGAGAUCAAUCGAUCCCGAGUAGACGUGUACGACGGUAUGGUGAAGCGUUAUUAUUACUGGGGCGAAGAUGGGGCCAUGGGGAGCGACGGAACUGUGUACAUGGCGUAUCCUAAAUGGACUGAGAAGGAGGGUCAUACGAUAUUUUGCUCCAAGACCGAUAUGUACCAAGAAACGCCGGUAGACGCUUUUCCGGCGGAAGAAGAAUACGUUUAUGCAGAUGAUAUGUACAUCGCAUCAUUUACAAGAGGAUUUAUAUUCGAACAAUGGCUACCUACGAGUGGUUCAGAUAUUGAAAGAUGUCGUCAAGUGCUGCAAUAUUUAAUACAAAUGGUACCAAAUGCAGAAAAUGUGGAUACAAGUAAAACGUAUCACGAGGGUCAGACGGUUGACGUGUGGAAGUUCACAGAAGAUGAUGAUGACACACGAAAAGAACUUGUUCUUUAUAGCCACAGGACGGAGCGAGGUGAAGAUGUACCAGUACAAAUAGAAAAGAAAGAGUUUAACACAAUGUUGGGGUCGUUAGAGAAGCACGUGAUCUUCAACUACGACCAGUUCAACCCUCUGUUCUGCGAGGAAGAUGUGGACGCCGAGAAAGAGGGCUUGUGUGAAUGGACUCCUGAUGACUUUGAAGGCCAUAUGAAGAUGUUGCAUCCCGCAUUCCAUAACGACCUUGGCGUAGCGUUCAACAGCUUUAAAAAGCACCAUGCCAGAAACUAUCAGAACAAGAAAGAACAUGACAUGCGAAGGGACAUUUUCCACAAGAAUUGGAAAUUCGUCGUAGACCACAACCGUCAGAACCUCGGUUUCAAGCUGGCCCUGAACCAUCUCUCGGACCUCACGCCCGCCGAACGGGCGCACAUGAGCGGCGGGAGACGAUCCCCAAACCCUUCUGCCACAGUCCCCUUCCCCCACAGCGAGAGACAAGUUGGGGACAUCGUGACUCAGAUACCGGAGGAAUAUGAUAUGAGACUGCAAGGCAUCAUCUCGCCUGUCAAGAACCAGGACAAAUGUGGGUCAUGUUGGACCUUCGCGACGGCGGCGGCAGUAGAAGGGGCCCUGGCGAGACUAGAUGGACGUAUUCUGGACCUCAGCGAGCAGUCCAUCAUUGACUGCACUUGGGAGGGUGUAUGUGAGGGAUGCAAUGGCGGGUGGCCCAAGGAAGCCCUGAAGCACAUCAUGAAGCACGGGAUCCCUCUAGAGGAGGACUAUGGCGGUUACUUGAACGAGAACGGCUACUGUCACCUCGAGAACGUGACCGAAGUGUUCAAGAUCCGCGGCUUCACGCUGGUGACGCCUCUGAGCGUCAGCGCCAUGAAGGUGGCGCUGUACAAGUAUGGACCUGUCAUCGUCACUAUUCAGAACAACGACGCCUUCAACUUCUACCGGAGUGGCGUGUUUUACGACCCCACGUGUGUGGACGACUACGUCGGGCACGCCAUCACCAUCGUCGGCUACGGUAGUCGCGACGGGACUGACUACUGGAUUGUGAAGAAUUCCUACGGCGAACAGUGGGGGGAGGACGGAUACAUGUUGCUGUCCUCUUCCAACAACAACUGCUUUGUGCUCGAUGAACCGUACUAUCCCGUAGUUUAG